CGCCAAUUGUGGUGCAGCGCUUUUGACCAAUGGGCGUGGCGCUCGCGGGUGACGUCACGCGCGGGAGGUUAACUCCGGCGGUAACGCGGGGCAACGUCUCUGGUUAACCACUACUUCACAACUAGUUAAGCACUACUUCACCACUAGUUAACCACUACGUCACCACUAGUCAACCACUAGUCAACCACUACUUCACCACUACUUCACCACUAGUUAACCACUACUUCACCACUAGUUAACCACUACUUCACCACUAGUUAACCACCGUGAGCGCGGACACACACAGCGGGGAGACAGCCACAGCCAGCGAGCCAUUCUCCCGAGUCGCGAUUACGAUAAACAAAACGUGCGUCUCUUUACAGCAGCGCCACCACCACGUCGAUGAGUGCUGUUUGUUGCUGUGGUUUGUUCAGAGGUGGUCCCGGCUCGGUUGGUGUCGGGCUGAUCAAAGUCGCGGACGUGGAGCAAGACUGAACCGGACUCCCGUCCACGUGGAUCGCCUGGCUGAGUCCACCACCCCGACCCACCCCCUGGCAUGGCGCUGCUAGAGCUGUCGUCGUCCAGCGAGGACGAGCUGCCCGUCGGCCCCCUCGCGCAGAGGCUGAGGAUGCAGGCGCCCAUCGCGCGGGCCUUGCCGGGCGGCGCAAAGGACGGGGCGACGAGCAUCGAUCUCCUCCGGGACGACUCGGACUCUGAUGAGGACGUGAUGAAGAGGAUCAGGGAGAGGCUGGAUAAAAAACGGCGGCAGGAGGACUGUGGGGUUAGAGGCGGCGGCAGCGACACUAGAACCGGGCUCACGUUGAGCGAAGACGACGUUGGGGACAUUGUUGACGUUGGUGCGGGGAGCUGGACCAAAGUGCGGGAGCCGGGGACGUCACUCGGUCGGAGUGGGCAGCUGCUGCUGGGACCAGUGGCCUUGUCCGUUGGUGACGAAGGCCCCUCGAUCUCCCUCUCGCAUCGAAAGCCAAGGGACGCUCUGGGCGUGGAGAUAGAUAGAGACGGACUCAUGCGAAAACGCUGCCAGAUGGUAGCAGAUUGUGGAGCCUCUGUCCCAACGUCGAAGCUGCCUCGACGACAGCAGCAGCAUCCGCAAGAGAAGAAUAAGCAAGAGGAAGAGGCACGGGGAGGCAAGAAGGCUCAGCUGGAGGAGCAGAGCACACGGCGCGUAGAGGCGCAGCAGGAGAAGGAGCGUGAGAGGGCCGGCAGGCAGGCCACCGCCGCCCUCAUCAAGGCUCAGCGGCCCGAGGAGUGUAUGAAGCACAUGGCCGUGUGCGUGGACCCAGGAGUGCUGGAGGCCGAGGGGGGAGGCUUGGUGCUGUCGGCAUUGCAGGCCCUUGAGUCGCGUUGUGUCAUCGCUGGGCGCCGUGUGCAGCGCAGCAUCGGCUGGCGCAGAAGCCUGCCCGGCCUCGCCGCGGCAGAGGCAAGCAGCCUGGAGAGUGAUGAAGAGGAGAAGCCUGUCGUGGUUGUGGUCCCAGUGCUGGACUUCAUUGCCAUGGUGGACGCACACAAGCAGCAGGUGGCAUCUUCCGGGGACAGCGGCUGCCACCUCUCACUCAGGGGGUUUGUCUCCACGGUGAUGGCGGCCCAUCCACACUGCGCCCUCACGCUGGCCGUCGUGGACGUCGACAAGUAUUUCAACCAGAAAACCAAGGGACAGAAGCCGAGUAAAGAGUCGGGGGAGAGGCGGUUGAACAAGCGAGCAAUGCCAGCUAAAGUCCACGUGUCCCGGGUGGACAUGGAGGAGGCGCUCGUGGAUCUGCAGCUGCACACCAGCACGGCGCUGCGCUUUCUGGACUCGUGGAAGGAGUUUGCCGACUUUGUGGCCAUGUUCACCAAGGCCAUCGCCGUGGCUCCCUACAAGAGGGAGAGGGAGGUGACGGGCCUGGCGUUCUGUGUGGAGAGCGAGGGGGCGGGCGGCGUGCGCGUGGACCGCGACGGCCGUGGAUACCUGCAGCUGUGGCAGCGUCAGCUGCAGCAGCUGAACCGCGUGAGCGCCGAGAUGGCGAGUGCCAUCGUGCGCGCGUUCCCCUCCCCCCGGCUCCUCCUGCAGGCGUACGCGCGCUGCGGGAGCGAUCGCGAGCGCGCGGCCCUGCUCGCCGAUCUGCUGGUGCGGCGUGGUGAGGGCGUCGUGGCGACGUCACGCCGCGUGGGGCCCGAGCUGAGCCGCCGCGUCUUCCUGCUCGUGACAUCGCACGAUCCUCAGCUGCUGCUCGAGCACGGCAGCUGAGGGGGGUGGGGAGCGUGGCCAGGAGAGCAGCGGACACGGGCGGUCCCCAGUGGUGCCGCCACCGUGCCGGGCCUCGAAUGCGCGGCUCGGGGCGGAGCGGUGGGGCAGUGGUUGUUAACACACCGCACCGCGAACCCGGAGACCCAAGUUUUAUUCCUGGUCGUGGCGAGUGUUAUCCGAACCGAUCCUGGAGACACCCCCCACCCCCACUUCUUCCCGGACCUCCGAUUAGCACGGUUGGCUACGAACGGUGCGAAAGAAGUUAAACAUACAAAGAUCCCCCGUAUAGCCUUAACAGACUGUUGGGGCAAGUUUUGUUAGCGAGUAGCACCUAUGAAGGCCAGAAACGGCACACGAGAGGGGGUGGGUGGCCAACACCACAUACAUACGUUCACCAACACCCACUGGCAAGCACGGUGAAGUAUGGUCAAACAAGCCCCGUGAACAACACAUCCAGCAGUGGAUUUACAAAGACCUCUAAAGUGAAAGUGUUAAAAUGAGCAUUGCUAACGUGGUGGAGGAGGAGGACUGAUGCUGCACUACCGUGGGCUCGUGCCGUGAACUCCCACGGUGGGGAAGGCGUGAGGAACGGAACGGAACCCAUGUCCCGUAGCUCGGGGUGAGGGUGGUGGUGGUGGUCGUUGUGCCAGAGCACUGAGCCACCAGCGCCUUUGGCAUCCUAGGCGUGUGUGCCAGGAGCUGUUUUAUGUUUUGGGUAGAGCGUUCUGUUUUAAAUUACAGGCAUAAAAUGUGUAAAACCUUGGACUCCAGCAGUGAUGAAAUGCACAUUUGUGCUCUAUGAACGAUGAACAAUAAAUAUAGAAAACCUGAAAUCAUGUUAACGGUCAAUCUCGGCAUUUUUCAAAACGCCAAUCGAGGCAGCGUCAGACAAAGUGAAAAUAGCAAACGAUUUUAUUUUCUGCGUUACUGCAUUUAAUGCAAUUUUUGUAAUCAGUUCCAUGGACUUUUAAUUGUCUGGAAACAUAAUAUUAUGCUACUUCAUUUCAAGUCAACGUGUCUUUUACAGACACCCCAAGCGACAUUUCAAAUACAUUUAAAAGAGCUUAUGUGUUUUAAACUUUGGCAAAAUAAAAAUCUGCAGCACCAAAUUGAA